AUGAAGAUUGAGCAAAGUUGUCUCCUCCUCUGGCUAGCACUGGCAGUGCUGGUAUCUGAUUCUCCGGUAUCCGCGUAUCUUCGCAGCAGCGCCAGUCCAAAGUCUCUUCAAAAGAGAAGGCAACUGUUGGUGCGAUAUUUGAAAUCCAAGGCAGACAGAAUAAACCCUGCCUUUGCCGAAGAACUGAGCUCAGGCUCUGCCACAUACUCUUCCACUGUAGACGAACAAAUACAAGACGAGAAAACUGGCAGUUCUUGUGAUGUUUCUGGUACUGUCACCUAUACCAUUAGCAAGGUUUCUUCUGACAUUACACAAGGCGGUGUCACAACGAUACUGCCAGUGCCAGGCAGCGACGACUUGUGGACGCUCAAGACAUCGUUUGGAUCCUUCAGUGCUGACAUGACGGCACAGGUACUGGGAAAGCACUGUGGACGUGUCAUGGACUUUACGUCCUUUGGACGAGUGACAGUGGAGGGCGCCCAGGUCAAGGCCACAAUACGGCUCAAUGGACCCAAAAACCGACCAGAAGUAGUCGAUAUUGUCGAUGUGGAACAACACCACAUUGAGUUCGAAACGAGCAGUGCUACCUUUAGCAAGCUCAUUCGAAGAAUCCCCCUGCAAGCAGUGGAACAAGAUAUGAACCAGUUCAUUCAUUCCCUUUUUACUUCCAAAUUCCAAUCUGUCAUGGAAGGUGAACUGACGAGAAGUUCAUAG